CUGCCCCGCUAGCCUCGUUCUGGUGGUCACAUUGCCGGGUAACAGUAAUGGACGCUCCGGACUGAGGCGGUGAGGGUGUCGGAGGGAGAGACCGCCUCCGCGACCAAAUCACCGCAGUAUCCGUCAUGAAAGAGGCUCGUUAGUUCCUUCUUCGGAGAAAAGGUGUAAGCGAUGGCGGGACUCAUCAAGAAGCAGAUCCUGAAGCAUUUGUCCAGGUUCACCAAGAAUCUGUCACCAGAUAAAAUUAAUUUGAGUACUCUGAAAGGUGAAGGUCAGCUGACCAACUUGGAGCUUGAUGAAGAAGUAUUGCAAAACAUGCUGGACCUGCCCACCUGGUUGGCCAUCACCAGAGUGUUCUGCAACAAAGCUGCAAUUCGGAUACACUGGACUAAAUUAAAGACUCAUCCUAUAUGCCUGUAUUUAGACAAGGUAGAAAUGGAAAUGAGAACUUGUGAGGAGCCUCGGCCUCCUAAUGGACCGUCUCCUAUAGCAACAGCUUCAGGUCAAAGUGAGUAUGGCUUUGCUGAAAAAGUUGUAGAAGGCAUCUCUCUUUCUGUGAGUUCCAUCGUUAUCAAAAUCAAAGCAAAAGCUUUCAAUGCAUCUUUUGAAUUGUCUCAGCUACAAAUACACAGUGUAAAUACAAGCUGGCAGCAAAGUGACCUUCGCUUUACCCGAAUUCAAGAUCCUCAGCGUGGGGAGGUCCUGACAUUUAAGGAGAUAACUUGGCAGAUGAUCCGAAUAGAGGCAGAUGCCAUCCAGAGCAAUGAACAUGAUAUCCUGAGUGCGCCAGUGAGGCUCAUCACAAACCAAUCCAGGAUGAAAGUCAGCUUAAAGCGAAGGCUAAAGGAUUGUAAUGUGGUGGCAUCAAAGCUGGUACUUAUUUUGGAUGAUUUGUUGUGGGUUUUGACUGAUUCUCAGUUGAAGGCAAUGGCACAGUAUUCUAAAUCUUUGAGUGAAGCCAUAGAAAAGUCUGCACAGCAAAGGAAGAGUAUGGCUUCUGAACCAACGCAGAGUACAACUCCGGUUCCUGUUUCCCAACAAGUUAGAACGACACAGGCUACAGCAGCAGCUGAUCAGAAUGAUGCUCUUGCCAAACUCUUCAAUGCCUUUGAUGUCAAGGAAACGUCUCACCAUUUAAUUAUUUCUCAUUUGGAUCUGCACAUCUGUGAUGACAUUUAUGUGAAGGAGAAAGGAUUUCCAAAACAAAUCACAGGUGGAGCCAUGCAGUUGUCUUUUACGCAGAUUACAGUGGAUUAUUAUCCUUAUCACAGAGCAGGAGACAGCUGCCAGCAUUGGAUGUAUUAUAAUGAAUCAACAAAAACGAGAUCAAUGUGGGCAAAGGAGUUACUGAACGAAUUCAAAUCCAAUGUUGAAAUGCUAAAACAAGCAGUGAAGGAUUACACGAAAACAAAACCUCCUUCACCUCCGCAGAUAUUAAUAGAGACCACUCUCAAACAAAAACCUGUAACAACAGGUAAAGAACAAAUGUCAAAAGGAGCCAGUCUUGCAACUACUCCACCUUCAACUAAUCAACAGCCAAAGACAAAAUUGUUGUCCAGUUGUUUUGUAUUCAGAGUGGAAGAUUUAAAUAUUUAUCAGGUUUCUACAGCUGAUCAGCGUCGAGAUUCCCCUAAAGCUAUGAUCUGCUGCAAUAAGAAGUCUUUAUAUCUUCCAUCAGAGAUGGCAGCUAUUCAUAUUGAAUUCACUGAAUAUUAUUUUCCAGAUGGGAAAGAUUUUCCUACGAUAUGGAAUGUGUUGUUCAGGUUGGACAAGAACCAAAAUCAGAAUUCUGUCCUAGAUCUCCUUUCCUGUACAGUUCCUUGUCCUAACCUUUAUGUACAGAUGAAUGCACUACAGUUCACUCUUGAUGCAAGGAGCAUGUUGUGGUUGAAUCAGUUUAUGCUAGAUCUGCGGCAGAGUCUGGAACAGUUUACAGCCAUCUAUAAACUUGAUAUUGCGAAAGAAGAUGAACAUAUUGAUAUACGAAUUGAUGGACUAAUGCUCAAAUUUAUUAUUCCAACUGAUAAGAGACCCGAUGACCAUCAAGACCAUCCGCAAUCAAUUUCUGUUCAGACAGCAGAGGUGUUAGCUACAAAUACAAGGCACUCAUCAAAUUGUACACGAAGUGACUUGGAAGCCAUAAUACAGGAGUUCAAAGAUGAGAAGUUUUUUAGCAAAACGUUCACAAGCUUUCCCAAAACAGUAGAAAGUUUCAAUGUUUUACAUCCUGUAUUUCAAAGACAUGCCCAUGAGCAGGAUACUAAGUUGCAUGAUGUUUACAAGGGCUUAGCUAUUCCAAAGUUGACUACAAAUGCAUUGAAAACUUUUGCUGCAACAGAUCUGUGGGCCAUACACUUUUCUCAGUUUUGGAUCGAUUAUGAAGGAAUGCAGAGUGGCAAAGGAAGACCUGUAGGGUUUGUGGAUUCUUUCCCUCUUUCUGUUUGGGUUUGUCAACCCAACAGAUUUGCAAAAUCUCAAGAACCUUUUCUGUCAUCCAGUCAACCUGCCUCUCAAAUACCCAAGAGUGAAUCCAGCGACUUGAGUAUUCGUUUACAACGCAAAAAACUCUUGAGGGAUUACUAUAGUACAGAAUCUGAACCGUUCACUAAUGGACUGGGAAGAUCAAAUUCUUUAGAUGGUGUUGCUGGAUCCUUGAAGUUCUUGCAGCCUUCGGAUGCAGAUAUACAUGUUCUUGUACACACUCAAAAGCACGUGAGCAUGCAGGUUAAUCAUCAUCAAUAUUGCUUCAUGCUUCGCCUUCAAAAUUCAAUUAAACAGCUUCAAGAGCAAUUUCAGAAGAAUAUAGAGGAGGUGACUGGAAAGCCGAUGGAGCAAGCAAAAAUUUGUAUUGGGUUCUUGAUUAGAAGUGCUGAAAUAGCUUUAAUGCUUCAUCCACUGCCUCAACCUGAGACUAAUAAGGCUCCAGCGGAAAACAGAAGUCCUACAGAAUCUGACCUUUCACCAUCUGAAAGCAGAGAAACUCUGGCAGCAGAGAAUGAAAUACCUAGUGAUGAUUCAGGGGCCGUCCAUCUCAGUCAAAAAAUACUUAAUGAAUCACAAAGUACUGAAACUGGAAGUAUAGAUAAAAGUGCUGUUGGGCCUAUGGACCCUCUGCUUUCGAAGUCGUACAGUGACUCAGCUUUGAUCAAAGGUAUACCAUUGCAGACCUCUUUCGAUCGUACUGGCCAUCAAUUCCCAGUAUUGUCGGAUGUCUCUACAGCUCAUUCAGAAGAUAAAAAUAAGCUCAGCGAAGUCACAAAGAUUUCAAAUGUUGAAGCUCUCAAUGUUUCUCAAAGCAUGGAGCCACUCGGUGUUUACACAGUAAAUAAAGAUGAAUGCAGUGUUCUUCCUUUGUCUAAGGAAAAUUGUCAAGAAGAAGUAUCAAGUACUUUGGAAAACAAAAGAAAUGAAGCCAUAGAUUCAUUAAAUGAUGUAAAAAAUGACCAAGAGAACCCCAUGCAAAACUUUGAUUACAGUAAAGAAACACCACCUACAGCAAAGCUGGUGUUACCUCAGUCGAUAUCAAGUGGAAAACUGAAGGAUCGUGCACAACCCUCUUUUACUAACUAUCCUGUAGUCCAUAAAAAUGUGAGGAGAAGCCCAUCUCAGAUUUCAUUGGACACGCUAUCAAUUGACAGCAGUCUACUGGAGGAACAGUUCUUAGAAAGUGAUGCAAAUGAAAGCUUCCUUUUGUUGGAAAGGGCUGCUUGCAUCGAUGAUGCUUCAGUCAUUAGUCUUAAAGAAGCUUCUAUUGAUCAGAGUCCAGCAGAGAGUGCUAAUGGUGCAUUUGGGUCUGAGGAUUGUGGAAGAAUGUCACCAGAUGUCUGCAGCGCUGCAUCUCAAAGUGUGGAAGAGUCUCCUGGAGAUUUGGUGUCGGUGAUGAUCUUCAAUUUGUUUGGUAUUAAUUGUGCGAUUGACGUGAAGGGUGAGGAUACAGCAGUGUGUCUCCAAGUAAACCAAGUCAUACCAAAGCAACUCGGAAAUGUUAAUAUUCGGCAGUACCUUAGCAACCGUAGCAUGGGUGCUGCCAGAAAUGUUGAACAUUUCCAGCACUUGCAGUUUUUGUUUCAGAUUUCCGAGCUAAGGUAAUUUGAAAAACUAUUUGCAAGGGCAUUGAAAAUAGGGUAAGCGUCUCAUUUGACCUCUGGAACACAGCACUCAUCAAAAGGAAUAAUGCUUUCUAUAGUUACCUAAAAUGUGUAGUUUGGUGUUUGUUGGUUGGCAAAAACGUGGUGAGUCGAAGGGCCUCUUUCUAUGCUGGAUGACUUUGGCUGUAAAGCACUUUGAGAUGUUAGAGUCAAUGUAGUAGUUUUAAAGUGUAGUCAUUGUUGUAAUGUAGAAAAGCAUUAAACAUGUUUAAUCCAUGGCACAAAGUCUGGCUCCAAUUAACAAUUUCACUUAGAGAAGCUAUAGUAAUAGCUGGUGUACAAAAUACUGUACCAUAACUGAGAGUUAGGAAUAUUAGCAUAACAAGAAGAACUUAAUCAAUUGUAUACUGUACUUAUCUGGAAAUGAUACCGACUUUGCCUGAAAAUGUAAGCAUUGUAGAAUUAUAUUGACCUAUAUCUGUACUGUAAAUUAAUUCAGCCCAACAAAUCCAUGCCAGUGUUUAUGAUCCUCGCAGUUGUCAUCUACCUUACCACAUUUCACCAAACCAACCUAUCCUUGAAUUCCUUUUUCCCCUUAUGUACUUAUCUGGCUAUUCCUUGAUUGCAUUUAUAUUUACUAACUGGCAAAAAUUGGUACAUUGUAUAUUGUAACCACAUUGGAAUAAAGUGCAUUUCUGAAUCUUUCUGAUUUUGAGUUAGAGCACAGAAUUCAGAAUUGUAGACUAAAACUCCUUUUGUAAGUUUCAUUUCAGUUCAUUAGAACUCAAUUUAGAGUUCAAGAAUUAAACAAAAGAUAAUUCUUCUUUUGCAAUGUUGUCAUAAAAACUGAUUUGGAGAUGCUGGUGUUGGACUGGGGUUACAAAGUUAAAAAUCACACAACACCAGGUCAUAGGUUAUGUGCCAACUACCUGAUGAUGAAGCAGAGCUCUGAAAGCUAGUGCUUCCAAUUAAACCUGUUGGGCUAUAACCUGGUGUUGUGUGAUUUUUAACAUCAUAAAAAUUGACUGUGCUGGCAAGGUCUACCCAUAACUUUUAUAGUACCCUUGCAUAUGUGAGCUGAAGAGCUGCCAGUGAGUGGAGGGUGUGCUGCUUAUAAUAUCAGCCUGUCAGUCUACAGUUUGGCAAUUAAAUUUUUGGAUAAGCUGUACAGAAUGAUUGAAACUUGUAACACCAGACAUGGGCAAAGCUGAAGACAAUGUAGGCAAACAUUUGAGAUUCGUCUUUGUCAGACACAACCUCAGGACUGAGGCAUUUUGAGCUCAAUCUGAGGAUAACCCAUUUCUAAGGUGUUCCAUAAGUCGCCUGCAUUACUCGUCACCUGAGAGGAACACUUACUUUCUUAGGUAACUAGUCUUUCAGUGACAGUACUGCAGAUAUAAAGUUGUUAUAGCAGUCAUGAUUUAACCUCGCCCAUAUGAGGAUUUAGUAUGAUUGUGAUCACACUUGUUAAAAACCAAUUCUUGAAUGUUGUUGGUAAGGCCAGCGUUUGUUGCCUAGCUCUCAUUGCCCUCGAAUUCAGGGGCUUGUUUUGCCAAUUCAGAGAUCAGAUUGAAGUCGACCACAUUGCCUUGGGUCUGCAAUGUUGGUCUUAAUCCACCAUUUUGUGACAGAUGAAGUCUGAAUUAAUCAGUAAAGUGAUCUAAUAAUAAUUGUGGUGUGCUACAAUUUUUGCAGUACAAACCUGUAAAUUUAAAGGAACAGAGCAACAUAAUUGUUUAGGCAAUAUUUGUUGAGCGGAUUAAUCAAAUACAACCAUUAUCAGAUUAUAAAAAUAUAAUAGUGCUCUUUGUUCUUUCAGUGUGGAUAAACAUCACAAUAAAUGAAUUUUUAUUUUCUA